AUGAGGCUGAAUUUUAAGGAGCCUCAAUCAUCACCUAGACGUGCAUUAGAAAUAGAAGGAACAUCAUUGGCAACAAAGGGUGAUGAUGGUGUUUCAAAAUUUGAUGUUGGAGAAAGGGCUCCCUCAUUGGCUCCUUUGGUGGGUGGGCCAGAUGCUACCGUUAGGGCCUCUUUUGGUGCUGGGGUUCCUGGACCUUCUACUGGAGUAAGUAGCUUUGCUCGUCUGGCUAUUGCUGCUCUUCCUCCCAAUGAGAAACCUUGUCCCCUCUCUUCUGCCAAUACUUCCCCAGUGGUGGUUUGUCGGCAAGAUGUGAUAGAUAACAUUGGCUUCUACCAACUUUGUGGUUUGGUUUGCAGAUUUAUUGGGUUAUGGCCUUCUCUCCCUGACCUCCAUCGUUGGGUGAGUAAUUCUUACAAACCUUUGGUUGCUGGUUGCAUUGAGCUUUUUCCCUAUGCUAAGGGUUUCUUCAUUGCUUCCUUUGCUUCUCUUGAUGAUCAUGCCUUGGCGUUGGGUAAGCUGUGGGCUUGGGGAUUCAAUUCUCUCUUGGUCAAGCUCUGGACUCCUUUCAACCCUCUUACCGAAUCACUUUACGUGUGUCCGGUUUGGGUGCAUCUUCCCAACCUUCCCCUUCGUUUUUGGGAGCACUCUUGCUACGAGGCCAUUGGUAACACUAUUGGUCGAUUCUUGAAGAUCAAUGAUGCCAAGCCCUCCAUGGGUCACUCUACCUUUGCUCGUAUUUUAAUUGAUAUUGAUAUCUCUUUGCCACUCUUGGGGGAUGUGGUCCUCAUGGUUGGGGAUAGACCUUGGACUCAAUUAUUGGAUUAUGAGGGCCUACCCUUUCGCUGUUGA